AGGGAGACGUCCCCGGCCCUCCACUUGAAAAAUAAAGAAAAGCCCAGCUCACUUUCACUACUCCACCAUUUCCACCUCUCUUUCUCUUUCUCAUUUCGCUUCCUUUCCUUUCCUUUCCUUUCCUUUCGUUUCAAUUCAAUUCAACUCAAGAAAUCAGAAUCUCACGUGAAACUUCCCUCGCAAUUUUCCUCCAAAUUUCUCGUGAUUUCAGCUGAAAUCGCAACCAAAAUUCAACUAAUUUGAAGCUACACAUGGUUACACGAGAAAGUGACUAGAAAUGGUGGAGGUGUUGAAGUGAGUGAGAGAGAGACAGAGAGAAAAAAAAAAAAGAGGAAAGAAGAACGAGUGCGAUGAAGCGAAAAUUGGUGCAGCAAAAAUCGAAAAUUAGAUGGAAGAGGAAGGUUUUGGCGGCGCUUUUAGUGUCGUUCUGCCUCGCGAGUUUAGCGUUGAUGGAGACGCAGUACUCUCGAAUCGUCUCGCUGGCUUCCUUACGACACCGUUUCGCCGUCAAGCCGAAGAUCGCCUUCCUUUUCAUCGCGCGGAAUCGGCUUCCUCUUGAUAUGGUUUGGGAUGCUUUUUUCAAGGGAGAAGAGAACAGAUUUUCAAUUUAUGUUCACUCUAGGCCUGGCUUUUUGUUCAACAAGGCAACAACAAGAUCCACUUAUUUUUUGAAUCGACAAGUUAAUGAUAGUAUACAGGUAGAUUGGGGAGAAGCAAGCAUGAUUGAGGCUGAGCGUGUAUUGCUUAGACAUGCAUUGACAAAUCCUUUCAAUGAACGCUUUGUUUUUGUCUCAGAUAGCUGUAUACCGCUUUACAACUUCAGUUACACGUAUGACUAUAUAAUGUCAACAUCAACUAGUUUUGUUGACAGCUUUGCUGAUACGAAAGAGGGUCGCUACAACCCAAAAAUGGAUCCUAUUAUUCCUGUUUACAACUGGAGGAAAGGUUCUCAGUGGGCUGUGCUAACAAGAAAGCAUGCAGAGGUUGUUAUAAAUGACACUACAGUCUUUCCCAUGUUUCAAGAACACUGCAAGAGGAGAUCAUUGCCAGAGUUUUGGCGAGAUCACCCCUUCCCAGCUGAUCCAGCGAAGGAGCAUAAUUGUAUACCAGAUGAACAUUAUGUUCAGACAUUACUUGCUCAAGAAGGCUUCGAAGGAGAACUCACACGGAGAUCAUUAACCUAUUCUGCAUGGGAUCUGUCAGCAUCCAAAGAUCGUGAACGACGUGGAUGGCAUCCAGUGACUUAUAAGUUUUCUGAUGCCACUCCUGAGCUUAUUAAAUCUAUAAAGGAUAUUGACAAUAUCCAUUAUGAGACUGAAAACCGAAGAGAAUGGUGUAGCAGCGAGGGGAAGCCAUCCCCGUGCUUCCUUUUUGCGAGAAAGUUCACCAGGCCCGCUGCUCUUCACCUUCUUAAUCAGUCAGUCCUGGGAGCUCGCCGUGGACCAAAAAAUGAACCGUAACCAUGCAAGGUACUUUCUAUAGUAAAUCUAAGGUUAGGUAGCAUUUGUUAGUCUUAACAUGUUGUAUUUGUGAUUAAAAAAUAAUAAUAAUGGAGAGAGCUGUAAAUUAGAGGGGGAAAUGAAAUCAAAAGGGAGUUGUUGUAUAAUAAAAACAUAAAUUUUUUUAGAAAAAAAAUACAGAUAAGAAAACCAAAAAA